AUGGUGCAAGCGUGGUACAUGGAUGAAGAGAAAACUGAUCAGCGUCUGGAACAUCAUAAGAACCCGCCAGAAUUCAUUUCCCUCGAAGAUCUUUACAAGAAAACCGGCGUUGAAUAUUUUAAACUGAACGUGGACACAUACACAACAGAUGGAGUGCUGGACAAGCUGAAGCAGGAGCGAGGGUACACCUAUGAGGACGAGAUGACUUGCUCCAAGGAGUGUCUGCCCAACUACGAGGAGAAAAUCAAGUCAUUCUUUACUGAGCACCUGCAUACUGAUGAGGAGAUUAGGUUUGUGCUGGCUGGUUCUGGAUACUUCGACGUGCGCGACGGCCAGGACCAAUGGAUCCGCAUCGCCGUCACCGCGGGCGACAUGAUCGUCAUCCCCAGCGGCAUCUACCACCGGUUCACACUUGAUACUAAUAAUUUCAUAAAGGCGAAGCGGUUCUUCAUCGGCGAGCCGGUGUGGCUGCCGUACAACCGUCCUGCUGACAACAUGGACGCUCGCAAGCAGUACGUCGAGAAACUGGAAAAAGGUUUCACUGUCACCGCUUGUUAA